AUGCUUUGGUUACUCUCAGCAACUAAGCUGGUUCCCGCCGUAGCAAGCUCCCGCUGCCUCUCAGGAUGCAUGUCGUGUUCUCAGCGAAGGUACUCCCUCCAGCCCAUCCCAGAGAGGAGAAUUCCUAACCGAUACUUGGGCCAGCCCAGCCCCUUUACACACCCACACCUCCUCAGACCAGGAGAGGUGACGCCAGGUCUAUCUCAAGUGGAGUAUGCACUUCGCAGGCACAAACUAAUGUCUCUGAUCCACAAGGAAACACAAGGGCAGAGUGGGACAGACCAGACAGUGGUUCUGCUGUCCAACCCUACAUACUACAUGAGCAAUGAUAUCCCCUAUACUUUCCACCAAGACAACAAUUUCCUGUACCUGUGUGGAUUCCAAGAGCCCGAUAGCAUUCUUGUUCUUCAAAGCCUCCCUGGCAAGCAGUUACCAGCACAUAAGGCCAUGAUUUUUGUGCCUCAGAGAGACCCUAGUCGAGAACUUUGGGAUGGCCCACAAUCUGGCACCGAUGGAGCAAUAGCUUUAACGGGAGUGGAUGAAGCCUAUACACUGGAAGAAUUUCAACAUCUAGUACCAAAAUUGAAAGAUGAGACAAAUAUGGUCUGGUAUGACUGGAUGAGGCCCUCUCAUGCACAGCUUCCCUCUGACUACAUGCAGCAUCUGACUGAGGUCAAAGCCAGGAGCAAGAAUAAGGUUCAAGCUGUCCAGCAGCUGGUACAGCGCCUCCGGCUGAUCAAAUCUCCUGCAGAAAUUGAGAGAAUGCAGAUUGCUGGGAAGCUAACAUCACAGAGACAUCCCUACAUUGCCUUGAGUUAA